UAUUCGGUAGCGUGGAUUUAGCUCAGAGCGAUCCGUAUAUGGUAAAGGCCACUCGUUCUCAGAGGUAUGGUAUAUAUAACAUAGGGGUAGAAACGUGGAAGCACCAGUGGUACGAGGAAGAGGAGAUCGGUGCGUGGUAGUUAGUGGUUGUGUUGUUCACAUUUCUAGCAAUACUGUGUACUGUGCAUUCAGAUGAGACUGUGACAGAGCCAAAUAUAGCCAGUCCCAUCAAUAAAUGAUCACCAUGGAGGUGUCAGCUCUGACCUGGACCUUAAUGUGCCUGGUCCUCCUGCUGCUGCUGGUCUACGUCUUCUACAUGUCCAGCACACACAUGAUCUUCCGGAAACUGGGAAUACCGGGACCCACACCCUGGCCCGUGUUUGGGAACUUCGUGGCUGAGGCAAGGGCUGGCAUCAUGAAUUACCAAACCGAUUUGUACUUUAAGUACAAACAUGAAAAGGUGUAUGGCUUCUACCGAGGGAAGUUGGCCAUCCUGACAAUACGUGACCUGGACAUGAUCAGAGAUAUCUGCGUGAAGAACUUCAACGAUUUCGUCAACCGAACGACCUUCAGUAAUGAUGAACCUUUCAAGAACGCACUCACAGAAGCAAAGGAUGAACAUUGGAAAAACAUCCGCACCACCAUCAGUCCAACGUUCAACACUGUCCGGCUAAAGCGGAUGUACCGACACAUCGAGAGCAACACCAGACAGCUGUUGGAUCACUUGAAGAACAAACAGGAGAGAAACGAGCCGGUGGAGCUGAAGGAGGUCCUGUCUCACUUCACCAUGGAUGUCAUCGCCAGCACGGGCUUCGGCGUGCAGACCAACUCUCUGGGAGACCCGAAUAACCAGUUCAUCAAGGAAUCCGAGAGAAUCAUGGCCAGCAUAGGGCGAAUCUUUCUGAUCAGCACUUUCUUAGAUUUUCUCAAGCCUGUCCUGACAUUUUUUGGAAUAGCGAGCAUGCCUCGGGUGUCUCUUGACUUUUUCUCUCGCUUCGUCGACGUGGCCAUUCAAGAGAGAAAGCUCGAGAGCUCUGGGGUGGGUUCGAGGAGGCAUGACUUUCUUCAGCUGAUGAUGGAAGCGGAAGAAGACAAGCCAGGAGAAGAAAACGACAACAUGACAGAGGAAGAGGCAAGGGUGCUCAACACUCACAGAAAGAGCAAGCCAGGGCUCAGCCUAGGCGACAUGCAGGGACAAGCCAUCAUCUUCACCCUGGCCGGUUACGAGACGGUGUCGAGCGUCUUGACCUUCACCUUGUUCCUCCUGACCAUGAACCCCGAGUGUCUCCAAAAGGCACAGGCGGAAGUGGACGAAGUUCUGGGCCGAAAGUUCCCGGAUUACGACGACAUACAGUCUCUGAAGUACUUGGAUAUGUGUCUCAACGAAGCAAUCAGGAUGUUUCCGCCUGGGUUCUUCCUUGACCGCAAAUGCAACGCAGACGUUGAAAUACAGGGGGUUCGAAUUCCGAAGGGGGUGACCGUUUUAUUUCCAAUGGGUGCGAUUCACCGAGACCCUGACCUCUGGCCUGAGCCAGACAAAUUUGUGCCGGAAAGAUUCACCCCAGAAAACAAGUCAAAAAGACAUCCUUACGCGCAUUUGCCUUUUGGACAGGGUCCCCGCAACUGUAUCGGAAUGAGACUGGCCCUGUUGGAGACAAAAGUUGCAGUGGCGGCUAUCUUGCAGAAGUUUAGCCUAGUCCGCUGUGAACAGUCGAAGUACCCAGUGGUUCUUGAGCAGUUUCGAUUGGCGCCUAAGGACGGUGCCUGGGUCAAACUGGAGGCACGGACAUAAAGACGAAUUUUACAACCAUCACAUGUUCAAAUUUCUGCUGAAAGACUGUCUCCAGUUUUGGGGAAAAUAUUAUGUAAUCAGAAAGUAGAAUUUCAGACAAUUUUUUCCCCAGGGGCGAAUGCUGCCUUGUUUGACAGGAUAAUCAAAGUGAGGCACAGAACCAGAUAGAGAUGAGGCCAAAAACGAAAAGCUUAUUCCCACAGUAGGAACACUCUAACAAAAGGUCUUAUUCAAGGUGGCUUCUGAAUCCUGAAUCAAAACAAAUCGUGAAUUCAUGUUGUGUGUUGACCCGCCAUAAAUACUUGAAAAAAAUAUGUCAUUACUAAUUUUAAUUCCCACUUUGGGCAAAACUAAAUAAUAUCUUUUUAAUGUGCGGUAGGAAUAAUGUUCUCAAGAUUUUUAAACAGUAAAUGUAACUAAAGAUGUGGAUGCACAAACAGAAGUAAAAAAAGCAGAGAUGACAAUACUUCCAAUGUAUGAUCAAUUUAGUUUCAAAUAUGGCUGUGGUUUUUAGCCUUUUGCGGCCAGGAGACGAUGAUCUUCAAUAUCCUGAUUAAAGGGCGGUCAAAAGUCGAGGACAAAGCAAGCAUCUAUAGCAGUCAUAACAUUAUUAGGAGUUAAUCCCCCCACCCACCCCCCGACCUUUUUAGGUAGACUCUACCAGUUUAAUUGUUAGCUUACAUAACCAGUGCUUGUGAUUGCUUAUGAGAGUGGGCCGAAAGGAGUGAAUGAACAGGGUACAUGAAUUUAUGACGAACUGAAGCAGUCUCAGUUUGGAGUGUUGUGCACACUGCUCUUUGGUGAUUUCCUGAACGCCUGUUACUACAGAUAUUUAAAUCUAUAAGGCCAUUUUCUGUCACGGUUUAUGGGUUAAUUUGACUGCAAAAAUAUUCCUACAUUCAGACAGGGAAGCAGUGAUUAUUUGAUUUUGUAGACGUUUCGCCCCUGGUUAAAUCGGACAUGACCCAUUAUUUUACUCUACUUUCUAAAGAAAAAGAAACAGAUAGCCAAAGUAAGAUAGAUAGAUAGAUAGUGAAAUUGAUAGACGGAGAGAAAUGGAGACGGAUAGGGAGAGAGAAAAAGAGAGAGAGAGAGAGGGGGGGAAGAGAGAGAGAGAGAGAGAGAGAGAGAGAGAGAGAGAGAGAGAGAGAGAGAAAUAGCUUGGAUUGUGAAGCGUUGAUAUGAGUCUAUACAGUAUAUAUAAUAACAAAACUAAUUAUAGUGACUAUAAUUAUAAUUUUAACUAUAAUCAUAAUUAAAAUGUUCAUAAUAAGAAUG